AUGGAUGAUUUUAUAGAUGAAGUUAAUGGUGAACCACGUUUAAAAUAUACACGUUUUUCUGGGGUGGUAACAGAAAUAUUUUCUAAUGAUUUUAUUAGUACAUUUGAAGUGUUAUCAAAUAUAUUAGUUCUUGGAUCACAUAAUGGUUAUCUUUAUAUUAUUGAUAUGGAAAACGAUAAAUUAUCUAAGAAUCAUAUUCAUUCUGCAUCUGUUACAGAUAUAUCAAUCGAUAGUACUGGAGAAUAUAUUGCAACAGCUUCUAUAGAUGGAAAUAUAGGUUUAUGUAUAAGAUCGAAUAAUAACAUUGUCCUUUAUAAUUAUCGUCGUCCUAUGAAAUCAGUAGCUAUUGAUCCAAAUUAUUCUCAAAGUUUUCGAAUUGUAUCCGGCUGGUUAGGAAAUAAAGACACAGUUUUACAUUGUGAUGAAGGACCUAUUUAUGAAAUCCAGUGGCAUAAAGAUUUAAUAGCCUGGGCAAAUGAUAUGGGUGUAAAAAUAUACAGCACUAUAUUUUCUCAAAGAAUUUCUUUUAUUGAAAGAAUGGCAGAUAGCCCGAGGCCAGAUCUUUUUCGAUGUAGACUAGUAUGGUCAUCAUUUGAUACUUUGCUUAUAGGCUGGGCUAAUUAUGUAAUUGUUGCUACAAUAAAGUUUCCUGAUCUUAAUCAUCGAUUACCUUAUAGUGAAAUAUCAUUAAUAUUAAAACUUGAUUAUAUAGUAUCAGGAAUUGCGAAAUUUGGAGAUAAAUUAUUAGUUCUUGCAUUUAUCUUUGACAUAAAUACUCUUAUAGAUUCGGAGAUUACAUCUAAACCUAUUGUUGAACGUCCAGAAUUAAGACUUAUUAAUUCAAAAAAUGAAGAAAUAUCUGGAGAUGCUUUAAAUCUUGAAGGAUAUUCUAACUAUCAAGCCAAUGAUUUUAGUCUUCGCUUAUGUUUGAAAAAAGAACAUAUUUAUGUAAUAGGGCCUAGUGAUGGAAUAAUAGCUAAGAAAAGAGAACUAAAAGAUCACCUUUUAUGGCUUAUUAAGUAUGAAUAUUAUGAAAAGGCUAUUAGAAUUAUGAAGAAAUUAGAAGCACCGAUUGAAGGUGUUACUUUAAGAGAUGUUAAUCUUGCUUAUUUGGAGUAUUUAGUUAAAAAUGAUGAAUAUGAUAAAAUAUCUUCUAUAUGUUGUGAUAUUUUUGAAAAAGAUGUAGAUUUAUGGGAGAAAUGGAUUCUUAAUUUUGCAGAAAGCGGGCAUUUACAAUUUAUUACUCAAUAUAUUCCAACAGAUAAUCCACAAUUAGGUAUGUCAAUUUAUGAAACAAUUCUUGCUUAUUAUCUUGUUUUUAACCAAACAUUAUUACUUGAUAUAUUAAAGACUUGGCCUUGUGAAAUAUAUAAUAUAGACAAUGUUAUUUUUAUAAUAGAAGACAGGUGGAAGAAGAAAGAGGAGACCAUUUUAAUGGAAUGUCUUGCAUAUUUGUAUAUAAAAAAAGGUUCUCCAGAAAAUGCUUUAUAUUUUUAUCUCCGUCUUAGAAGUUCUGAGACUAUUGAUCUAAUCAAGCAAUAUCGUCUUUUUAAUAGUAUCGAAGAUGAUAUACUUUUAUUGUUUCAACUUGAUUUUUUUUCUGAUAGAAUUGAAUGUUCUUCGGAAAAAAUGCUAAAUAAUAAAGUAAUUAGCUUUUUGGUUGAAUAUUCACAUUUAAUUCCAGUAUAUAAAGUCGUAAAUCAAUUAAAAGGAUAUCAUAUUUUUCAAUAUUAUUAUCUUCGGGCUAUUUUUGUUUUUGAUAGUCACCUUGCUUCUGAAUUUGGGGAUUUGCAGGUUGAAUUAUAUGCAGAAUAUGAUCGCUGUAUUUUGAUGGAAUUUCUUCAGACAAGUUUUACAUAUUCAUUGGAAAAAGCAUUUAAUAUUUGUAAUUUGCGUGAAUAUAUUCCUGAACAAGUUUUUAUACUUGGAAGAAUGGGUGACAAUAAAAAAGCUUUAAUGUUAAUUAUUGAAAAAUUGAAUGAUAUUGAUCAGGCUAUAGAAUUUGCAAAAAUACAAACGGAUGAAGAUUUAUGGGAAGAUUUAAUUGUUUAUUCUCUAAAUAAUCCAAUAUAUAUAUCUCGUUUAUUGGAAAAUGCAGGAGAGGUUAUUAAUCCUAUUAAACUUAUUAAACGUAUUCCUGAAGGCCUUGUCAUCCCUUGUCUUAAAAAAUCAUUAUUAAAAAUUCUAAAAGAAUACGAAUUACAAAUGACUUUAAUGAAUUGUGCAUAUAAUAUUACUUCUAUGGAAGUAUCUGAUUUAUAUAAGGAUUUUUUCCAAAAUCAAAAGCGUGGGAUUUUGGUAAACGUUAAACUUCAAAAAUGUCAUAUAUGUAAUAGAUACAUGACAAAAGAUGGAAAGUGUUUUUUAUAA